AUGUUACUCUAUGAAGAUUCUUAUACAAGUUAUAGUACUUCUCUAACUUCACCAUCAAUAAAAAGUAGUUCAUUUUCGGAUGAUAUUUAUUUAUUUCCAUAUAAAAUACAAUCCAAUAUUAAUCUACUUGAUGAUAGUCUUCCUAUUCAAACAAAGCCUAUUUCAACAUCAACAAGAAAUUCAUCAUCAUUUGAUAAUGAUAUUAUACGUGAAACAAUUCUUGAACUUGAUCGUAUUGUUGAAAAAGAUAUUAAAGAUCUUGAAACAGAAUGUCAUCGUCAUGUUGGUAAUAAAAAUCAAUCAAUUAAUUCUGGACAUAUUCAUCAACAACGAUCACGUUCAGUGGAUUCUCGUCGUCAUCUUCGUCCACCACCUCGACCACCAACAUCAUCAUCAUCAAUAUCAUCAGCAUCACGUACAGCUGAAGAACGUCGUCUAUAUGAACAUCGUAUGGAAAUGGAAAAAACAAUAACAACAAGAACACAUUCAGCACCUCGUCUUAAUAUUAUGCAAGAUGAAACAAUGAAUUCAUUACGUAAAAUUGAUAUGACAAGUAGUGGUCCAAUAACAAUGCUUUAUAAAAUUCCACCACCACCAUUUUCACGAUCAAGUAGUUCAAGUUCACUUUCAACUGAAACAACACUUCGUGUAUCAAGUCCAGAACCAGAUGAUCGUCCAAAAGAACCACUUAAACCAUUGUAUAUAACAGAAAUAAUUGUACCAGCAAAACCAGUUAUACGUGUACCAGAACCAAUAAAAACAACUGUUAUAACAAUAACAGAUAAAACAGAAAUUGAACGUCGUAAUCGUGAAAUCGAACGACUCGAAUUAGAACGUAAAACUUUAUUAGAUGAAAAACAACUUUUAUUGAAAGAAAUCGAUCGAUAUAAACAUCAAACAAUUCAUAAAAUUCCUGAAAAAAAAACAACAUCAAUUACAAUUCUAACAAAUCAUGAACAAAUUCAUACUCAACAAAAACCUUUAACACGUGAAGUUGCUAUGCAACAUAUUGUUGAACAAGAUCAACCACCACCAUUACCACCUAAACAACGACAACAACGUGAUGUUGCUAUUAAUCAUCGUACUGAAUAUGAUGAAGAUGAAGAAAAACAAAUUGAAAUUGUUCGAAGAAAAUUAGAAGAAAUUAAAAAUUUUUAUACAGAACGUAUUUAUUUUCUUGAAGAACGAAUACUUGAACAAGAAAAAGAUAUUGAACGUUUAACGGAACCAAAACAACAACGACAUGUUAAUACACAAUGUCAACCUAUAAUGCAAGAUCGAGCACUUGUUACAGAUACAUUUCGAUCAGUUCGAGAUGUUGCAUUAACAUGUCAUCUUCAACCAACAUUACCAGCUCCUGUUGCACAUCGUGAUGUUAAUCUUCAAUGUAAUACAGAUGAAUUUAUUCAAAAACGUGAUGUAUGGAUGGAAGCUAUACCUGAUGUACCUACUAAACGUGAUGUUGCAAUUGGUGUUUCAAUUAAUAUUACACCAGAUAAACAUUUUCGAGAUGUUGGUACUCAUGUUAAUUUUGAUUAUAAACCUGAAAUAUGUCAACGUGAUGUAGCAAUUAUGUUUGCACCUGAGCCGAUACAAAAAAAUGAUCGUGCUACCAAUACACAACAUAUACAAACAAGAGAAUUUGGUGCUUUUGCGAAUACUAUUGAACCACCAAAACCUCCAUCAAAACCAUCAACACGACAAGUUGCUACAGACACUCUUAAUUUAAUAACACAAAAAGAUACAGCUUGUGGUUUAAAUGAAACAACAUACAAUCGAGAUAUAUCAACUGAUACAAUAUCUUUGAUUUCAUAUUAUGAUCGUGCAAGUGGACAUGAUAUACCUCCUGAAUUACUUUCACGUCAUGUAUCAACUGAUACACGUACAUUGAUCUCUAUUCGAGAUAAUUUUUCCACAACAACACCAUUAAUACAAACUAUACAUAUUGAUGCACAAACACAAUCCAUACCCAUUAUACAACAUGAUGUAUCAUCAAAUACAUUUCCACCAGCCGAACAACAUCAUACAGGUGUACAAGCUGUACAAGAACAACCUACAAUUAAACAUCAAACAACAUCAACAGAACUUGAUAUAUUUCAUCAACUUGGUUAUUUACGUCAUAAUUUAUCUAAUACAGAUUUUAAACGUUCAACUGAUCGUUCAACAAUAACUGAACGUCAACAAUUACGUGAUUUAGCUGUUAAUACAGAACCUAAAAUAAUGUAUUCAAAAGAAACAGGUGAUUAUGAUGUACGUAUAAAUGAUGAUAAACAUGAAGAAUUAACAUGGUAUUCUUUAUAUGGUCGACCAAAAACAUUUGAAUGUGGACUUCAAACAGAUUUAUUUGAUACUAAACGUCAUGUUGGUUAUAUUGAUCAUCAAUUAAAAUCUGAUGAUGAAGAUACAAUUGAAGAACAACGACAAGAAAUAAUUACAUUUCGUUUACCAUUAGAAAAACGUACAACAGAAGAAAUAUAUGAAACAACAAUAAUAACAGAAACAAAACAAAAUAAUCAACAAAUUGAAGAAAUACAUUGUAAAAAUAAACUUGAUAAUUUUGAUAAAAAAAUUAUUAAAAGUGAAACAACAGAAUGGACAAGAACAUCAGGUAAUAAUGAUAUUAAACAACAAGAACAAGAAAUUCAACGAUCAAAAUCACCUGAAGAAGUUAUUGAAGAAUCUUAUGAAAUUGUAUCAACACUUAAAAAACCACAUGAUGGAAAUUUUUUAAUUGCUGCAACUAGUCCACAAUCAACAAUAGUACAAAAAUAUAAUGAUUUAUCAUCAACAAAAAUACCAUCAAGUGAAGAUGAUAGUUCUUAUUGUGAAGAAUGGACAGUAACUGAAGCUAAACGUAAACAAGAUGGACAAACAGUAAAAACUAUAAUUGACAGAGGUGGUCAUCAUCGAUAUAAUGUUGAUGCUGAUAGUGCCUCUGCUUCAUUAAAAAAGGAGCAACAACAAUUCGGUACUGGAACACAUAUUCAACAACAUGAAGAAAUAACUCAAUUAUCUCCAUCAAUUAUACGUAAAACUACAACAUUUGAAUCUCGACGUAUACUUGGUUCUGGUGAACCGAGUAUAAAAAUAGGUACAUAUUCAUCAAGUAUUACUCCAUAUUCAAAUCGAGAUGCGGCAAGUAAUGAACAACAAUUUGAAGAAAACUAUGAAGUUACAUUAUCAUCAGCAUAUGAUGAAUCUGGUUUAAGAAUAUUCGCAUCAAAACCAAUGACAAUAUCAUCCGAUACAGGCGAAGAAUUUGAACUUGAUGAAGAACUUUAUAUUGCAUGUGCUAUUGUUAAUGAAUCUUUAUUUGAUACUAAUGCUGAUAAGAAAAAAGUGAAUAAUUGUUUUCAAUUAAUUCAACAAGAAUGGUUUCGUAUAUCGAGUCAAAAAGAAGUUAAUUUUCGUUUAAUUGAAAAAUUUUUGAAUAGUAUCAAAGAAAAUUUUUCAAAUUUUUUACUCGAACGUAUUAUUAAUUUACAAGAUGCAAAUGGAAAUACAGCACUUCAUUAUUGUGUUACUAAUGGUCAUUGGCAUAUUAUUAAUAUGUUAUUAGAUACAAAAGUAUGUGAUGUUUGUUUACAAAAUAAUGCUGGAUAUACAGCUGUAAUGAUGGCUGCAGUGAUUGAUAUAGCUAAUGAUGAUCAACGAAAAAUCGUUCAUCGUUUAUUUCAUGAAUCUGGAAAUCUGAAUGUUAAAACAACAGAUGGUAGUCAAACAGCAUUAAUGCUUGCUGUUAAACAUGGUAAAGCGGAUUUGGUUGAAUUAUUAUUAGGAAACGGUGCAGCUGUUAAUUUACAAGACUCCGAAGGAUCAACAGCAUUAAUGUGUGCUGUUGAACAUGGAUCAUUAAAUAUUGUUAAAUUACUUUUAACAAGACCUGAAUGUGAUAUUGACAUUGUCGAUAAUAAUGGACAAACAGCUAUUAGUAUUGCAACCAAUAAAAAUCGAAAAAAUAUUCUUGUUGAACUUUAUGCAGAAAUUAAAGAACAAAAAGGACAUCAUUCGGUAAAUAAUUUAGCUUUAUUUUUUUCUAUUAUAAAUAGUCGAAACCUUGAAAAAACAAAUCGAAACAAGAAAUGA